UGAGCAAAGAGCAGUAAUGGAUGCCUUACAUGCCACGUUACUUGUUCUUCUCUCAAUCCUUCUCUCAACUUCACCAGCUGUUCAAGGAAACGCCGAGCUGAGAGCUCUAAUGGAGCUCAAAUCGUCGCUUGACCCCGAGAACAAGCUUCUCCAGUCAUGGACGUUCAACGGCGACCCAUGCGACGGAUCUUUCGAAGGAAUCGCCUGCAACCAGCAUCUAAAAGUCGCCAACAUAUCGUUACAAGGGAAACGCUUAACCGGGAAGCUAUCUCCGGCCGUUGCAGAGCUCAAAUGCUUGUCGGGUCUUUACUUACAUUACAAUAGUCUCUUCGGAGAGAUACCUCAAGAGAUCACAAAUCUCACUGAGUUGUCAGAUCUUUAUCUCAAUGUUAAUAACUUCUCCGGAGAGAUUCCGGCAGGAAUUGGCUCCAUGGCUGGCUUGCAAGUUAUGGAUCUAUGCUGCAACAGCUUAACAGGGAAGAUACCAAAGAGCAUUGGAUCCUUGAAGAAGCUAAGUGUUCUGUCUCUGCAACACAACAAACUAACCGGAGAGGUUCCUUGGAGUUUAGGCAACUUGAGUACGUUGAGUAGGAUUGAUCUGAGCUUCAACGAUCUUUCAGGAACAAUCCCAAAAACCCUAGCCAGCAUUCCUCAGCUUGAUACACUUGACUUGCGCAACAAUACUCUCUCUGGCUUUGUUCCUCCUGGUCUCAAGAAGUUGAAUGAGAGAUUCCAGUUUGAGAACAACACAGGGCUAUGUGGAAUCGAUAUCCCUUCUUUGAGAGCCUGUUCUGCUUUUGAUGAUUCAACCAUCGAAGUCAAGCAGCCUCAAGGUGAAAAAGACACUGAUAAGUCAACUCUACAUAACAUUUCAGACUCUGUCUAUCUCAAAAGUCAUUGCAACCAAACACAUUGUCAUAAACCCUCAUCAAAACUCCCACAAGUUGCUUUGAUCUCAAGCGUGAUCACCGUCACUAUAACUCUGUUUGGUGCUGGUUUAUUAACCUUCUUACGCUACAGAAGAAGGAAGCAGAAGAUUAGUAACACAGCAGAGCUUUCCGAGGGAAGACUCAGCACAGAUCAACAAAAAGAUUUUAGGUCAUCGCCUCUUGUAAGUCUUGCCUACACCAAAGAAUGGGACCCCCUUGGAGAUAGCAGAAACGGAGCUGAGUUCUUACAAGAGCCUCAUCAUCUCUUUGUUGUCAACAGCAGUUUCAGGUUUAACCUAGAAGAGGUUGAAUCAGCAACACAAUGCUUCUCAGAAGCUAACCUAUUGAGCAGAAACAGCUUCACCUCGGUUUACAAAGGAGUCCUUAGAGAUGGUUCUCUUGUAGCUAUCAGAAGCAUCAACAUAAGCAGUUGCAAGAACGAGGAAGUCGAGUUCAUGAACGGUCUGAAGCUUUUGUCCUCCAUGUCACAUGAAAACUUAGUGAAGCUGCGUGGCUUCUGCUGUUCUAGAGGCAGAGGAGAGUGUUUCCUCAUCUAUGAUUUCGCUUCGAAAGGAAAGCUCUCGAGUUUUCUUGACUUGCAAGAAAGAGAAACCGGUCGAGUUCUUGCUUGGCCCGCAAGAGUCUCUAUCCUCAAAGGGAUUGCAAAAGGUAUUGCUUACUUACAUGGAAGUGAUCAAGAGAAUAAGCAUGCUAUUGUUCAUCGAAACAUAUCGGUCGAGAAGAUCCUACUAGAUGAGCUGUUCAACCCGUUGAUCGCUGACUCAGGUCUUCACAACCUUCUAGCAGACGAUUUGGUCUUCUCAGCACUCAAAACAAGUGCAGCAAUGGGAUACUUAGCUCCAGAGUACGUUACAACCGGAAGAUUCACGGAGAAAACCGACGUUUUCGCCUUUGGAGUCAUCAUUCUCCAAAUACUCUCUGGCAAGCUCAUGCUUACAAGCUCACUGAGGACUGCAGCUGAGAAUGGAGAACACUUUGGAUUCAUGGAUGAAUAUCUCGGCGAAGGGUUUGAUAAAACAGAGGCGGUUGCAAUGGCGAGGAUGGGGAUAAGCUGUACUCAGGAGAUUCCAAACAAUAGGCCUAAUAUAGAGACACUGCUUCUGGAGAUAAACUGUAUGAAGAGUGAAUGAGUGUAUUUUAGUUAACAACUUCGUUUGCAGAAAAUGUUUCAACGUUUGUGUUGAGUAUGAUUCUCCGGUUAAGCAGUAUCACAACAGUUGGUUUUAAUUUUU